AAAUUACGAAACAUUUUAAAGGAUUUAUUUUGUGCCGUUAUCUUUUAAAUUCUAUCAUUUAAGUCAAAACAGAGAGUGGAAUUAUGUCAAAGAUAUAUCUGAAAGUUCCACAGAUUUCAAAAUCUUUGCUGACAAGGACUUUUAAACAGUGUUUGAGGAAGAGAUUCCAAGCAUGUUGCAGUACCUCUCCAACGAACGAAACCCCCGAAAAUACUCAAAGUUUCACAAUAUCAAACGCCAAUCCAGGAUUUUUAGAAGGGAAAUUCAUGGCUACUGACAAGUUUGGCAAACUCUAUAUUGAUGUACCGUUUGACAUUCACAUUGAGUCACUGAAUCCAGACAAGUAUCCAGAAAUGAACAAAAUGUUUGUAAAAUUAUUUUAUGAUCUACAACCUGAUGAAAAGGUGGAUUCUUCUGUAUUAGUGGCUCUGAGGCAGUGCUAUACAUUUAAUGUGAACUUUAAAGAUAAGAAAGAAUUUACGGCAAAAGGGCACUUUAAUUCUAAGGUGGAAUACCCUGUCAAAUGUGUUGUUCAAUUACCCAUGAAAUUUGAUCUUGAUGUAACAGCUAGAGGAUGUAGAACUCAUAUUGAAAAGAUGGAGAGUGAGAAGAUCACAGUCAAAUCAAAGUCCGAGAGAGCAGCAUCAACACAGUCAAUCUGUACUCUAAAGAAUAUUAAGUGUGGUACUGUGGAGGUGGAGGGGACAGAUUGUGAUGUCACAAGUGAGAAACUUCUACAGGGGAAUUCCAAGAUCACCAUUAAAGGACAAGGGAACAUUUCUGCAGAGAGACUACAGGGAUUGACUAUUCAGUGUCAAACAGACAAUGGAAGCAUUUCUGCAACCUCGGUGUAUGGGGAGAACAAUAGUUUCCAUAGCAACACUGGAAAUAUCAGCCUUAAUAACUGCCAUGGUAAAACUGAGGUCAAGGUUAAUUCUGGGGAUCUCAAAAUUGAUGGAUUAGAGGGGGACUUUAAUGGAGCUGUCAAUGAAGGAAACACAGAUCUGUACAUAACAAAGCCAGAAAACAUAGCCAUUACAACAAAUACAGGAAACAUAACACUGAAAGUUCAAGGAGAGGUCAAUGCUUCUUUUGACCUCAGUGGAUCAAAGGUCACUUACGACAGUUCUCUCUUAUUUAAUGACGUGAAAUUUUCCGAAGAUGACCCCAGAUCAUUUAAAGGUAAUCUUGGUGAAGGGGGAGGUAAUAUCUCUGCUACUUCCUCAUCUGGAAGCAUUGAUGUGGAGGCAUUUGAUUGGUUAAAAUCACUUAACCUGAAAAGAGGAGAAUAAAAUAUAAACAAAAUAUAAUUUGUCAGGCUAUUAUGCGUAAUGCAUGAAA